AACUGUUCUUAUGUUGCAUGCAACUCGGCAACUGUGUUUACUUACAUUAUGGAUAACUUGUACUUGACGACAUAACCAAGUAGCUAUAUUUGCUGAUUCUAGAUUUUUUAAUAGCGGAACACCUCACUUGAUAGCUUGCCGUUGUCGUGGCUCGUGUGUAUUUUUUUUCUUUAGUCUUCUUAGGUUAAUAUAGGGUUCUUAUGCUGUAACUGAUUCUCUUCUUAUUCUGCGUAAGCUUACCUCUAUCAUCUCUGUGUCUCACCUCUCUAGAAAACAUGGCGCCCAAAUCACUCAGUAAGAAACCGCAGACGCCAACAUCACUCAGUAAGGAAAAAGGCGGAAAAUCACAGGCUCGACCACUACCACCAAAGAAGAAGCAAAAGAAGGACUUUGUUCCUGAACCCGAAGAACUAUCAGAUUCCGACGAUUCUGAUGGUUCAGUAGAGGAGGAAGAAGAGGAAGAACAAGAAGAAGAGGAAAUUGAUGGUGAAUCUUUUUCAGAUAUGUCUUCAGAUGUAGAUGAUGAUGAGGAUGGUGAUGACCCCUUCUCCAAAGAUGUUCUACGAGACGAUGAGGAUGAAGAAAUAGCUUCAGAAUUGGAUGUGGGUUCAGAUGAAGGUUCUGGUCCUGAUUCUGAAUCUGAUAACCUGGAGGAGAAAUAAAAAAAAAUUCAAAAAAAAAGGGAGAAAGAGCAAGAUGAUUCUAAAAAGGAACUCGUGACCAAUAUUCAAAUGGAAUUGGAUACCGAUGAAUUUCGGCUGCCAACUAAAGAGGAACUUGAAGAGGAGAAGCUUAGGCCCGAUCUUACCAAUCUUCAACGAAGAAUAAAAGAGAUUGUUCGCGUGCUUUCCAAUUUUAAGGGUUUGAGGAAGGAGGGACUGUCGAGGAAGGAUUAUGUUGAGCAACUUCAGUUGGAUUUGAGUUCUUACUAUGGCUACAAUGAGUUCCUGAUUGGUGUUCUUGUUGAGAUCUUCCCAGUAGUUGAACUUCUAGAGCUUAUUGAAGCGUAUGAAAAGCCUCGACCCAUUUGCCUAAGGACAAAUGCCCUGAAGGCUCGGAGACGGGAUUUAGCUGAUGUUUUGUUAAACAGAGGAGUAAAUCUGGAUCCAUUAAGCAAGUGGUCAAAGGUUGGACUGGUCGUAUAUGACUCUCAAGUUCCCAUCGGUGCCACUCCAGAGUACAUGGCUGGUUACUACAUGCUGCAAAGUGCAAGCUCCUUUUUACCAUGUAUGGCCCUUGCUCCUCAAGAAAAUGAAAGGGUGGUAGAUAUGGCUGCCGCACCUGGUGGUAAAACAACUUAUGUUGCAGCUCUUAUGAAGAACAGUGGAAUUAUUUAUGCAAAUGAGAUAAAGGAAUCUAGACUCAAGUCACUUACUGCAAAUUUGCAACGGAUGGGAGUGACUAACACCAUUGUCUCUAACUACGACGGGAAGGAGCUCCCCAAGGUAUUGGGGAUGAACACUGUUGAUCGAGUGUUACUGGAUGCACCUUGCAGUGGGACUGGAGUUAUAUCUAAAGAUGAAUCAGUUAAAGCAUCAAAAAGUUUGGAAGAUAUACAAAAUUGUGUGUUCUUGCAGAAGCAACUGAUCCUUGCAGCCAUUGAUAUGGUGGAUGCUAAUUCCAAAUCUGGCGGGUACAUAGUUUACUCAACUUGCUCUAUAAUGAUUCCAGAGAAUGAAGCGAUAAUAGAUUAUGCCCUCAAGAAGAGGGAUGUACAACUCGUGCCAUGUGGUUUAGAUUUUGGACGCCCUGGGUUUACUCGCUUUAGAGAGCACCGGUUUCACCCCUCAUUGGACAAGACUAGGCGUUUUUACCCUCAUGUUCAUAACAUGGAUGGUUUUUUUGUGGCCAAGUUGAAAAAGAUGAGCAAUAUGAAGCAACCACCCAAAUCAUCAGAGCCAUCAGAGACAGUAGAACAGGCGCCUGAACCUGUUGAUGGCAGCACUGAUGAGAAAGUCCAGCCAGAAGUAAAAUCCCAACAGCCUAAGGAUUUUAGUGGUCCUAAGGAGGGCAAAGACACCAUUGAAGUCAAUAAUAGGAGCAAUAACCCAUCAAAGCCCAAGGAACGGAGGCCGAAAAGGAAAUUUCCAUCUAGAGAAGAGAUAGCCCAAGCCAGAGAAGAGAAAAGGAAAGCCCUGAGGGAAGAAAAACCCAGAACCAAGAAAAUUAAGGGUGAUGGAAAAGAAAAGCGAAAUACUUAAAUUGGAAGCUGAAACCUGUUCAGAUGAAUUUUGUCGUCAGUCUUAACUAUUUUUUUUUUUUUUUUUAAUCAUGCAAAAGAAAUGUUUUCUACUUUGUUCCAUCCAUAUUAUAUGCAACUCAAAAUGUAAGGAUCCAAAUUGUUUAGUGUUAUUUAGAAGAGCAAAUCUAUGGUUUGGUGCUGUAUUUCUGUUUGUACUGAGUUGUGAUCCACAAAAUUUUCCUAAUUA